AUGGGAAUUAUCGUCGCCUUAUUUUCAGUUAAGUUCUUGGAGUUUGUGAAGCCUUUCUGUGGCUUCGUGCCGGAGGUAUCGAAACCUGAACGAAAAAUUCAGUUUCGUGAAAAAAUGCUAUGGACAGCAAUUACCUUAUUUGUGUUUCUUGUCUGUUGUCAGAUACCGCUGUUCGGCAUAAUGUCUACUGAUAGUGCGGAUCCCUUUUACUGGCUACGUGUAAUUCUGGCGUCAAAUAGAGGGACGCUUAUGGAACUUGGAAUUUCACCCAUUGUAACAUCAGGUCUAAUUAUGCAGUUACUGGCAGGGGCAAAAAUUAUUGAAGUGGGAGAUACUCCGAAAGAACGGGCACUUUUCAAUGGUGCUCAAAAAUUGUUUGGAAUGGUAAUUACUAUAGGGCAGGCUAUUGUAUAUGUAGCUUCUGGUUUAUAUGGAGACCCCACAGAAAUUGGCGCUGGUAUUUGUCUACUUAUUGUUAUUCAGCUGGUCGUGGCUGGUCUUAUUGUUCUACUUCUGGACGAAUUGUUGCAGAAAGGAUAUGGAUUGGGCUCAGGCAUUUCAUUGUUCAUCGCAACAAAUAUCUGUGAAACAAUUGUAUGGAAAGCUUUUUCUCCAGCUACCUUGAAUACUGGUCGAGGUACCGAAUUCGAAGGCGCAAUCAUUGCUUUAUUUCAUCUCCUUGCCACACGAAACGACAAAAUUCGAGCUUUACGUGAAGCAUUUUAUCGUCCAAAUUUACCGAAUUUGAUGAAUUUAAUGGCAACUGUGCUUGUGUUUGCUGUUGUUAUAUACUUCCAGGGAUUCCGAGUCGAUCUACCUAUUAAAAGUGCGCGAUACCGUGGACAAUACAGUUCUUAUCCUAUAAAACUCUUUUAUACUUCCAACAUUCCAAUUAUUUUGCAAUCAGCUCUUGUUUCUAAUUUGUACUUUAUCUCACAGGCAAUAAAACAAAGACAAAAGUUCGAAAGUAGUGUUGGUAUGAGAUUUCAGAUGUUGGCUGCUAAGUUUGGAGGAAAUAUUCUCGUCAAUUUGUUGGGUACAUGGUCAGAUGCAGGAGGAUAUAGAAUAUAUCCUACUGGAGGGAUUUGUUAUUAUUUAUCACCACCAGAAACUCUUGCUCAUGUUAUUGAGGAUCCUAUGCAUUGCAUUGUAUACAUUGUUUUCAUGUUGGGUUCAUGCGCAUUUUUCUCUAAAACAUGGAUAGAUGUGUCUGGAAGUAGCGCAAAAGACGUAGCAAAGCAGCUAAAAGAACAGCAAAUGGUGAUGAGAGGUCAUCGUGAGAAAUCAAUGAUUCACGAACUAAAUCGGUACAUUCCAACAGCAGCUGCGUUUGGGGGUUUGUGUAUUGGAGCUUUAUCAGUCACUGCUGAUUUUAUGGGUGCCAUUGGUAGCGGUACGGGAAUAUUGCUGGCAGUGACAAUAAUAUAUCAGUAUUUUGAAAUAUUUGUCAAAGAACAACAGGAAAUGGGAGGCGUUGCAGGAAUGUUUUUCUAA